CACCCUUAAAAGUAACCCUACCUCACAAUCCCUCCCACACUCCCCAACUCCUUCACAGCCAUCCUCCUCCGACCUUACUCAACCCAAUUGAUGGGCAGUUACAACGCCACCGCCGAUGGAAGUAUCGACGACGAGGCCGCCUGCCUCUACGCGAUGCAGCUCGUCAGCUUCUCCAUCCUCCCCAUGACCCUCAAGGCUGCCAUCGAACUCAAACUCCUCGAAACCAUCUCCCUCGCCGGCCCUGGGGCUCAACUCUCUCCGUCAGAACUUGUCUCUCGCCUCCCAUUCAUCAAAAACCCCCAAGCCCCCGUCAUGCUCGACCGCAUCCUCCGCCUCCUCGCCAGCUACUCCAUCCUCACUUGCUCUCUCUCCCCAUCAGGCGAGCGCCGCUAUGGCGCCGCACCGGUUUGUAAGUUCCUCACGCCCAACGCCGAUGGAGUUUCUAUGGCUGCGCUCUCUCUAAUGAAUCAGGAUAAGGUGUUGAUGGAGAGCUGGUACUAUCUCAAGGAUGCGGUGAUCGAAGGCGGUAUUCCGUUCAAUAAGGCGUAUGGGAUGACGGCGUUUGAGUACCAUGGAACGGAUCCAAGGUUCAAUAAGGUGUUUAACGAUGGGAUGUCAGGCCAUUCAACUAUCAUUACAAAUAAAUUGUUGGAGAUUUAUGAGGGUUUUGAUGGGUUGGGUUCGUUGGUGGAUGUGGGAGGCGGAGUGGGGGCGACGUUGGGAAAGAUUACGGCCAAGUAUGCCGGGAUUCGAGGAAUUAAUUUUGAUCUCCCUCAUGUAAUCUCCGAGGCCCCUCCUCUUCCAGGAGUGGAGCAUGUGGGCGGAGAUAUGUUCGAGAGUGUUCCCACCGCUGAUGCCAUUUUCAUGAAGUGGAUUCUUCAUGAUUGGAGCGACGAGCAUUGCCUCAAAUUGUUGAAGAAUUGUUGGAAGGCAUUGCCUGAAAAUGGGAAAGUGAUUGUGGCCGAGUGCAUUCUUCCGGUGGAGCCUGAACAAACCGUUGCAGCAAAAGGUGUCUUCCAUGUCGACCUCAUCAUGUUGGCUCAUAACCCUGGAGGAAAAGAGAGAACGGAUAAUGAAUUUAAAUCAUUGGCAAAGGAGGCUGGCUUCUCUGAUUUCAAAUCCAUCUACAUAUUUUCAGGCUGUUGGGUUAUGGAAUUCAUCAAAUAGAUUGUUGCAAGAGCUACAUGCAUAUAUAUUGGCUUGUUUUAUCUUGAUUUUGAUUACGCAUUCAUCAAUCUCUCUUGUUUCUCUUGUUUGGCAUUUACUAAUAAAAACAUUUGCUUCUUGUUCGUUGUUAAACCCAUUGUUCUCAUCAUAUUAUUCCAAUUGUUAUAUAUUUUUUAUUUUUUU